AUGAAGGAUUAUUCUACUGCGUUGUCUUACUAUAAAAGAGCACUCGAAACUAGACAACAAUCGCUUCCAUCAAAUCAUCCUCAAUUAAUAAAAACCUAUCAUGAUAUGGCCACGACAUAUAAAUCUUUAUGUCGAUACUCUGAUGCUCUAUCUUGCUUACAUAAAGCUCUGGAAAUACAAGAAGAAACUCUUUCCACUGAUCACCGUGAUUUGACUACUACUUGGCAUGAUCUUGGUCUGGUAUAUUUUGAAGUGAUGGAUUAUUCUAAUGCUGUUACUUAUGUUCAAAAGAGUGUUGACGUGAGAGAACGGUUGCUUUCAUCCACUGAUUUUCAAUUAGGCACUGUAUUUAGCGAUAUUGGACUUGUCUACAAAACCAUAGGAGAUUAUACAAAAGCUUCAUCAUAUUAUGAAAAAGCGCUUCGAAUUCUAAAGAUACAUCUUCCAGAUACAGAUCACACGAUAACAAUAAUUCAUAAUAAUAUUGCCGGAUUGUACUUAACAUUAGGGAGUUAUUCGACUGCACUCUUAUACUAUAAAAAUGUAUUAGAAAUAAGAGAGCAAUCUCUUCCUCCAAAUGAUUUGGAUUUGGCUACGACUAACAAUAAUAUUGCAGAUACUCAUGGAAAUUUGGCACAAGUACUUUUUCUUCUUCAUCAAUAUGAAGAAGCUACUGAACAUGCUAAACAAGCAGUUAACAUCGCUAUUGAUGCAUUCGAAAAUGAUCAUCCGACAAGCGUAAUGUUUGCAAAUCUUUUUCAACAAUUGCGAGCAAAUACAUGUGAUACUUACAAUCAUCCACAAUAUGGCUUUGGUCAAGGCAUAAAUCAAAGUCUAUGUCCAAAUGAUUUAUAUCUAACUGGUCUGUGCGAAUCAAAACCAAUGGAUGUUAAAUGUUGUUUUUCAUCACAAACAAUAAAAGAAGAAUUUCGUGCUGCUUGGAUUGCGACUGUAAGUAACAUCGAUUGGCUAUCAACGAGAACCGCGACACCAACUCAACAACAAUCUGAACUACUUAAUAUUCUCAAUACACUUCAAAAAUUGAAUAUGAAUGCUGUCGUAUUUCAGAUUCGUCCUGUUGGUGAUAAAUUGUACGCUUCGUCAUUAAAACCAUGGAGCAUAUAUUUAACCGGUAUACACGGUAAACCACCAUCACCAUUAUGGGAUCCAUUGGAAUUUAUUAUAGCUGAAGCUCACAAACGUAAUAUUGAAGUGCAUGCUUGGAUCAAUCCAUAUCGUGCUAGAAUGUCUGGUGCUACCUAUGAACUUGCAUCAAAUCAUAUGGCCAAGCGAUUUUCGAAAUAUGCUUAUACCUAUAAUAAAUAUAUGUGGAUGGAUCCGGGUUCAGUUGAAGUUCAAGAAUUUAUUGUUAAUGUUACUGAAGAUAUUGUCCGUCAAUAUGCUGUUGAUGGCAUACAUAUGGAUGAUUAUUUUUAUCCAUAUAAUGAUGGUACUGAGUUUCCUGAUGGAACUACUUACGCAGAAUAUCAACAACACGACGGCAAAUAA